UUAAAAAUUCCCGGAAUUCCUUAGAAAUAAAAAAGUUAAUAAUUCGUUCCAACUACUUUUCAAAACUGUACUUUUAGUCCAAUAGUUUCCCCCUCUUCUCCAAUGGCGGAGUCCCGUAAAGUAGCAGUAAUCGGAGCCGGAGUAGCUGGUUUAGUCACGGCGCGUGAGCUACAACGAUCAGGCCACAAAGUUACAGUCUUCGAAAAAUCGGCCCAACUCGGCGGAACAUGGGCUUACAAUCCAAAAACCGAAACCGAUCCACUGGGACUUGACCCGAACAGAGAAAUUAUCCAUAGCAGUCUUUACAAAUCCCUUCGCACAAAUUUACCUCGACAAUUAAUGAGUUUUAAUGAUUAUCCUUUCAAUGAUGAAAAUGGGAAAUUAAUUCAUUUUCCUGGACAUGAAGAAGUGUUGAAGUUUUUGACUGAGUUUGCUAAGGAUUUUGGUAUUACUGAGUUGAUCCGAUUUAACGCGGAAGUUGUGCGAGUUAGGCGAGUUGAGUAUGAGGAAGAUCGUUGGGUUGUUGAGUGGAAAUCGGAUGAGUUAAGCUCAGAAGAAGAGGUGUUUGAUUCUGUAGUGAUUUGUAAUGGUCACUAUACUAUACCCAAAGUUGCAAAUAUUCCAGGUAUAAACAACUGGCCUGGAAAACAAAUGCAUAGCCACAAUUAUCGAGUUCCUGGGCCAUUUAAGGAUCAGAUUGUAGUUGUAAUUGGAGAUGGACCAAGUGGGCUCGAUAUUUCCCGAGACAUAGCUACGGUAGCCAAACAAGUUCAUCUUUCGACAAGAUCUUCUGACACUGAAGUUUCAAAAUUGGACAAUAGUGCAAAUCUUUGGAAACAUUCAAAGAUUGAUCAUGUUAAUGAAAGUGGUGAAGUGAUUUUCUUGGAUGGAUCUUCUGUUCAUGCUGAUAUAAUUCUCCACUGUACAGGAUACAAGUAUGAUUUCCCAUUUCUUGAAACAAAUGGAAUAGUUUGUGUUGAUGACAACCGUGUUGGACCAUUAUACAAGCAUGUCUUUCCUCCAAAGCUUUCCCCCUGUCUCUCCUUUGUUGGUAUACCCUAUCAGACAAUUAUCUUUCUCAUGUUUGAAUUGCAAGCCAAAUGGAUAGCACAAGUUUUGUCUGGAAAAGUGCUUUUACCAUCAGAAGAGGAAAUGUUAACUGAUGUUGAGGAUCACAAUAUGCACCUUGAGGUAGCCGGGAUCCCAAAACAUCACACUCAUCGCCUUCACCCUCGCGAGAUAGAGUACAUGGAUUGGUUAGCAGCUCAAGUUGGAAUGCCACCAGUUGGUGCUAGCCUAAAGGAAAUGUAUUGGAGUCUUUACAAAUUUAUUGAAGUAGGAUUUAUUGGCUACAGGGAUUUGUGGGACUUUGAGAAUUUGAGUCAAUAGUUUCUGAUGCUUAUGUAAUAUCAUAUCUAUUCCUCAUAUCUAUUGUAAUUCUUCCAAAUACAUUUGCUAUGUAAUUGCUGACUAUAAGAACAAAAAACGUAAUAAAAAAGGAAGUAUUAUGCUUUAA